CGUUUUAAUUAAGACUCUCUCUCCUCUCCCUCUCUCUCCUUGUUUGUCUUUGCUUCCUCUUCUUAUCAAUCCUUUCCUUUCCUUUCCUUUCCUUUCCCUUACCUCUCAGAUCUCCUUCUGUCUUUGUUUUCAAACAAAUCUAUCAUUUCUUCAACUCCCCAAAACAAAAUAUGAUUUUCUUCUCCCCACCCUCACAUUAAACAAACACACAGAAAACAAAAAACCCAGUUUUAAAUUACAGAAACUGUUUCUGUUUCCUCAUAAAAUAAUUCUGUGUCCUUUGUGGGUUUUUAUUAUUAAUUUUGUUUCUGGGUGUGGGUGUGGGUGUGGGUGUGGGUGUGGGUAGGUUUAGUGCUUUUGAUGUUGUUAUGGCUGGUUUAGAUUUAGGCAGUGCAUCUAGAUACGUUCAUCAGCUCCAAAGACCCGUUCUCCACCUCCAACACCAACCCGAAUCUGAACCCGACAACGACAAUGAAUUCUCCACCGAUCACCAAGGCUUGGACCUGGUUGCAGCCGCUGCUAACUCCAGCCACCAAGGAGACAUAGUGGGGCGCCGUCCACGUGGACGCCCGCCUGGCUCGAAGAACAAACCGAAACCGCCAGUCAUAAUAACACGCGAGAGCGCCAACACGCUCCGCGCUCACAUUCUCGAGGUGGGAAACGGUUGUGACGUGUUCGAUUGCGUGGCCAACUACGCGCGGAGGCGGCAGCGUGGUAUUUGCGUCUUGAGUGGGACCGGGACGGUAACUAACGUCAGCAUACGCCAGCCGGCCGCGGCGGGUGCGAUUGUUAGGCUCCAUGGAAGAUUCGAGAUACUUUCGCUUUCCGGAUCCUUCUUGCCUCCUCCGGCACCACCGGGGGCGACGAGUUUGACGAUAUUCUUGGCAGGAGGGCAAGGGCAGGUGGUGGGAGGGAGUGUGGUAGGGGAGCUGACGGCGGCGGGGCCGGUGAUUGUGAUUGCUGCGUCGUUCACGAAUGUGGCGUACGAGAGGCUGCCGUUGGAGGAGGAGGAGGAGCAGCAGUUGGGGAUGCAGAGCGGUGGAGGAAUGGGGAAUAACGGUGGAUUUGGGGAUGGGAGUGGAGUCGGAGGGCUGCCGUUUUUGAAUUUGCCGUUGAAUCCCGGUGCAGCGAAUGUUCAGUUGCCGGUGGAUGGAUGGGGCGGAGGGAACUCAGGUGGACGGAACCCGUUUUAAGCUAUGCGUUUGGAUGGGGUAAAAGGUGAGCCAAAAGAAUUGUUGAUGGAUUAAUUAAGGGUUUAUGUGUACUACUACUCCUUUAGCUCCUCUUCUUUGACUGAUAUGAAGUUUAAUUUAAUUAGUGUUUGCCUUUUUUUGGUGGUAUUUUAUUAUGGAAUUAAACACUAUCUUCUUCUUCUUC